AUGUUUGUUCCCAAAUACGAAACCCCCGGGUACUGGAAAGGUGCCUUUUGUUUUGCAGCUCAAGAUCUUGUUAACCCUCAGAGUGAAAUAGCGCAGAGGUAUCCACAUCUCUAUCAGGUGUUUCGAGCGCGCCUGGAAUCUGCGUAUGCUGAUCGAAACAACCGACCGGUCUCGUUGUGCUCUCAUACCACCUUCCAUCAGGGGUAUAAGGGUUGUCGGAGUGACGGCGACGAUUUUCAGAAAAGGGAAUGGCCUCCUACAUUCAAUCGACCCGAUCCAGUCAGGGAUAUCACGGGCACCCGCCUGAAGCACAUGUGUAGCGAGCUGAAGGAUCGCAUGGACGUGUAUGGCUUGGCCGGCGAAGGAACUUUCGGCUCUGUAUUUCUCGCCCGUGAGCAAGAUAACGACAAGAGCAAUGACCCCGAAACCCUUCAACACUAUGCCGUGAAAGUUCAGAGGCACCAGACGUUGCUUGGUGCCUUGCAGGCGAAUCAUUGCGAUCCGCCCAAUGGACCGGUGCCAGACAACCAAGAGUCCCUUCGACAUAUCCCUGAAGAAGCGUUGAUCAUGCUUUUCCUAUCUGAGAGUGAUAGAUUCCCCACCCUAGACUCGGUCUACACCCAUGACCGCUUCCAGGCCAUUGUCAUGUCCCCGUGUAUUGACUACAACUCUGAGAGGCAACCAUCACCACCGGGCAAUUUCUCUCGAGAAUUCCCUGCAUUUACAGCCCGAUACUUACUAACCCAGGAUCACAGACCCUUGUUCAACGCGGAAGAGGGACGCAAAGUCGCAACACAGCUUUUCCAGGCUAUGAGACAGUUGGCUGAUAUGAACGCUUGGCACAAUGACAUCUCGGUCAACAACAUCCUCGUGGAUAAGAAUCUGAAUACUCAGAUGAUUGACCUCGGCGAUAUUGCUUUCGGAUUAGAAGAGCGAAUCUUCUUCGAGCGAAACUACAUGUACGUUCCUUUCCAGGAGUACCAACUCUCCCCCGAACUGGCACAGUGUAUUACCAACAGGGUUGGGAUGUCCAUUAAUGUCGAUGUGACUCAUGAUCUAAGACAUGAAGUUAUGUGGAAAUUCGCUACGAUGAUCUAUGGAAUUCUUCAUGGCUUCUGGCCAUGGAAUGAGCCCCCCAAAAAUGGAAGUGCUCACCCAAAUUUGCUGGACGCUCGAGUCUUCACUGAUGGCCAACAGAUCCUACCCCGGCGGUAUCGCAUUGUUAACGAUCCUCUACCUAUUGACGAGAAUUUACCGCAGGACUGUAAGGAUGUGCUGCACGCGAUGUUCAGUAAGAAUCCGGAGGACCGGCCCACACUCGCUGAGUUGGAGGGUUAUCCUUGGUUUUCACAGUGGGCACGGGAGACUCAGUUCUAUGAGAGGCCAUUCUCUACUGAGUUUCGGCAUUCGUUCUCGAGGCGAAACAACUAA